CUCUUUUGGAUGACCUGGAUAAGGAGCUUAACAACUACAUUAUGCGCUGCAGGGAGUGGUAUGGCUGGCACUUUCCUGAGCUGGGAAAAGUCAUCACAGACAACUUGGCCUACUGCAAAGCUGUCCGCAAAAUUGGUGAUCGCACAAACGUAGCAGGUUCUGAUCUGUCAGACCUCCUCCCUGAGGAAAUCGAGGCUGAGGUCAAACUGGCUGCUGAGAUCUCCAUGGGUACAGAGGUGUCUGAACAGGACAUUGGCAACAUUAGGCACCUGUGUGAUCAGGUGAUAGAGAUUUCAGAAUACCGCACUCAGCUGUAUGACUACCUGAAGAACCGAAUGAUGGCAAUAGCCCCCAACCUGACAGUAAUGGUGGGCGAGCUGGUCGGCGCCCGCCUCAUUUCACACGCAGGUUCCCUUCUGAAUCUGGCAAAGCAUCCGGCCUCCACCGUGCAGAUCCUCGGAGCAGAGAAGGCUCUGUUUAGAGCCCUGAAGACCCGCAAAGACACACCAAAGUACGGUCUGAUCUACCACGCCUCACUGGUGGGCCAGACGACUGCCAAGAAUAAGGGCAAGAUCUCCAGAAUGCUGGCAGCUAAAGCAGCCCUGGCUAUUCGCUAUGAUGCCCUGGGAGAGGACACGAAUACAGAAAUGGGAGUGGAUAACCGUGCCAAGCUGGAGGCAAGGCUGCGCCAGCUGGAGGAGAAGGGAAUCCGAAGAAUCAGUGGAACAGGCAAAGCAAUGGCGAAAGCAGACAAAUACCAACACAAGAGUGAAGUGAGAAUUUACGAUCCAUCCGGCGAUUCUACUAUUCCCUCCACCUCAAAGAAGAGGAAGUUUGAGGAGGUAGAGGAGGAAGAGGCUGGUGAAGAGCCCGAAACACCGGUGGUCAAAUCCAAAAAGUCCAAAAAGGAACCAGUAGCAGAAGAAGCAGGAACGUCAGCAGAAGCGGAGGAGACUCCAAAGAAAAAGAAAAAGAAGAAGGACAAGAAAGUGGAGGCUGAACCCGAGGAACCAAAGGAGGAGGAAGAAGUAGUAGUAACAGAGUCAACAGAGAAGAAGAAAAAGAAGAAAAAAAAGGUCAAGGAGGAAGAUGACUGAAAAAGUGGAGAGUGUAUAUAUUUUCUGUUGUAGUUUUUUGUCAUUUUAGUUUUCUGUCAUACAUGUAUUUCUAAUGAGGGCAAUACUGUAUUGAGCACCUAUUCUGAAUAUGAAAAGAGUUCAUGUCCAAAAUCAUUGAUUUUAUAUCAGAGUAUGGUGUGGUUGGAAAUCAGAGUGUAUUUCCAGUCAUAAAAUAAGUGAAAAGUAUUCAUUUUAUUUUUUUUUAAGAUAGGUUUGUUAUCUACUAUCCUGGAUUGACAGUUUUUAUGUUGAUUUUUAUUUGUGAACACCUCUGUAUCAGACAAUUAACAAAUUUACCACAGAGCAAUGAGUUGAUAAGGAAAGAUUCCCCAGUUCUCCUGCGGAGGUUUUUUAUUGUCAGACUGAAUGUCUGCCCUGGUGAAAUAAACAUUUUUCGCUCUA